AACUCUCAGUCGUUGGAGAAACCGAAGGAGCGGCAGCAACAGAAGAAAGAGCAGUUGCAAGAGGAGGAGGAGCCUCUGGAGCAAGUAGAGGCGAAGAUUCUGCAGCUGCUGCGGCUGAUUGGGGCGGGGCUGAGCACAGCAGCGGGCAUUCCGGACUUUAGAGGGCCCAAGGGCGUGUGGACGCUGCAGGGGGAGGGACGGUGGGAGGAAGCUGCGGUGGCCAUGGGGAGAAAGUACGAGGAAGGAAGCUUCCCCCAUGCUGGGGCACAUGGCGGUGGCAGCGAUGGUUGGGGCUGGGGUGGUGUAGCACGUGAUGACUCAGAACGGUGUAACGGGAGGGACGGGGUGGAGGUGGAAGAGGAGGAAGAGGAGGAUAAGCAGCAGAAGGUGCCACGUGUUCAGAAUUCUGCUCAAAAUUCUGUUCAGAAUCCUGUUUGGAAGCCAAGAAGUUGUGCAAAAGUGCGAGCUCAGGUGUCCACAGGAGGAGGGGGCGGUGUGAAAGAGGAGAACCAGGAGGUGCUUUUGGGUGAGCGGAGGAAGUGGCAUGAACCUGGAGUGGCGACUUUACAAGGCACUCCUCGAGUAGUGCUUCGUGAUCAUGAGGAUAAAGAGGGUGAUGAUGCACGGAUGGACAACGAGGGGGGUGCAAGGAGAUGGCGAGAAGCGGAAGAGAAGCAGCAGAGGGAGGGAGGGGAGGAGGAUGAAGUGAGAAGAGAGUGUGAGGGCAGGGGAGCACGGGAGGAGGAGCAGUUUGAGGAGAAAAAGAGUGGGGAGGAAGAGCAGGAAGUGGAGGGAGGGGAGGAGGAGGGAGGAAAGGAGAAUGGCGAUAGUAGAGGCGUGUGCGGGGGCGAGUUGGAGAAUCCGAUAGUGCAUUUCGGGGAGAGGAUAGACGAUGAGGAGUUGAGGAAAGCUAGAGAAGCCAGCAUGGGCGCACACGUGGCACUCUGCAUUGGCUCAUCCUUCAAGGUGCCGCCAUCCAACAAGCCCCCUCGCCUGGCAACCCACCUCGUCAUCAUCAACAUUCAACGCACACCUCUCGACCGCCAUGCAUCCAUCACCAUUCGAUCUCGCAUUGAUGCUGUUCUCCACCUGUUGCACUCCCCUCUGCCCACUUACACCGCCCCUCCGCUCCCCUACUCUCCCUCCCCAACACUCCCCUACUUUCCUCCCUCACACACGGUCCUCACCUCUCCUUUUCUCCAUCACUGA